AUGAGUGCUCUGGAUCGGAUCAAUGAGAUUGAGCAGGAGAUGGCCCGCACUCAGAAGAACAAGGCUACCAACGCCCAUCUUGGACGCUUGAAGGCCAAGCUAGCUAAGCUCAAGACUGAGUUGGUAAGCGGCUCUUCCAAGAGCGGUGGUGGCGGUGGCGAGGGGUUCGAUGUUAAGGCCACGGGCAAUGCUCGUGUUGGGCUGAUCGGAUUCCCGUCUGUAGGGAAAUCCACAUUACUGAACAAGUUGACUGGUACCUUCUCUGAAGCAGCAGCGUAUGAGUUCACCACACUUACAUGUGUGCCUGGUGUCUACACGUACAAAGGAGCUAAGGUGCAAGUGUUGGAUUUGCCUGGUAUUAUCGAGGGUGCUAAAGAUGGCAAGGGUAGAGGUAAACAGGUCAUCAGUGUGGCCAUGACCUGUAGUCUUAUCCUCGUCUGUCUGGAUGUCACCAAGCCUCUCACACAGAAGCGGAAGAUCGAGCAUGAGCUCGAGGGCUUCGGUAUGAGGUUGAAUAAGAAAGCCCCUAAUAUCAUCAUCACCAAGGCUGAUAAGGGCGGCAUCAACAUCACUGUGGCCCCUGGGUAUCGAUUGAUUGGUAUGGACGAGGAGACGGUCGUGACCAUUUGCAAGGAGUUCCGGAUCACCAACGCUUCUAUUGUGUUUCGAUGCAACGCUAGUAGUGAUGAUCUUAUUGAUGUUAUCGAAGGUGGUCGGAAGUACGUACCGUGCCUCUAUGUGAUGAACAAGAUUGAUUCCAUCACCAUUGAGGAGCUCGACGUCAUCUGCAAGUGCCCUCACUAUGUACCUAUAUCAGCUGAUCUUGGAUGGAAUAUAGAUGGGUUGAAGGAUAAAAUGUGGGACUAUAUGGACCUCAUUCGAGUAUAUACCAAGCCUAAGGGACAAGUGCCUGAUUACUCAGAACCAGUGAUUCUGCCUCGAGAGAAGAGUACUAUGGAAGACUUCUGCCUCAAGCUCCAUAAGAGUAUUCUCGAGGAGUUCAAGUACGCCUUGGUUUGGGGUAUGUCGGUGAAGCAUAAUCCUCAACGAGUUGGCAAGGACCAUGUACUGGUGGAUGAAGAUGUUGUGCAAAUUGUGAAGACUACGGGUUAG